UGUCAUCAUAGCCACCUCCUUAUCUUCUGCCUUCAUACACGAACAAGCUCACUUGACCGCCAGUCAGACUGGUGCGGACAUCUUGCAGCUGCUCUGCUGCUCAGAACAUCAGUAAAUCAGAUCACUGAAGCCUUUGUCCUGCAGAACCAAACUGUAAGCUCUUCCAUUCUGAAAUGGAGGAAUGGGAGGAAUGGGAGACUUCUACAGCGUUAGACACACAAACUCAACACUUCUCAACUACAUAUAACAGCUCUUGUGAGAAGCUGGAUUGCUACAUGGUCCUGACAGAAGCAGAAAAGAAAGCCAUCGGCUCCAUCUGUUUUCUGGCCGGUCCUGUAACUCUGAUGGAAAACGCCCUCGUGUUAGGGGUGAUCGCCACCACAGUCAGCCUGCGAAAGCGGCCCUCCUAUCUCUUCAUUGGCAGCCUCGCACUAGCUGAUGUUUUCGCCAGCUGCUUUUUCACCAUAAGCUUCCUGGACUUCCACCUCUUUCACCAGAGCGACGGUCCAGAUGCCUAUCUCUUCAAGCUAGGUGGCGUCACCUUGGCCUUCACUAGUUCUGUGGGGAGCCUACUGCUCACUGCUCUGGACCGCUACCUCUGCAUUCACCAGGCCUCUGCCUACAAAGUUCUGCUAACACGCCGCAGAGCACUAUUGAGCCUCUUGAUUCUCUGGAGCAUCACCAUCCUCGUCUCCUUCUUGCCGGUUAUGGGAUGGAGGUGUCCCACGGGCCUCGCUCCACCCUGCUCGCAGCUGUUUCCCUACAUUAAUCGGGGCUAUCUGGCCUGCUGGACUAGCUUCAUCUUGGUGCUUCUGGUUCUCAUUUUGAUGUCUUAUGCCCUCAUCCUGUGGAAGGCCCACCGUCAUGAAUCCACCAUGACCACCUUCCAGGGUGGAACAGGAACUGGCCAGGCCCGAAUGAGGAUGGAUAUCCGACUGGCUCGCACCUUUGGUUUGAUUCUGCUCAUACUGGUGAGCUGCUGGCUCCCUGUGCUCUCCUUCAUGCUGGUCGAUGUCUCCAUCCACCUCAGCCGUGCUCAGCAGAGAGCGUUUGCUUUUUGCAGCACCCUGUGCCUGCUCAACUCGACCGUCAACCCGCUCCUUUAUGCCCUGAGGUGCAGAGAGCUGAGAGUGGCUCUGAUAAACUCUUUAUGUCGACUGUGGAAAAUCGGGAGGUGUAAACAAUCUACGAACGACUCAAACCCGAAGCUCCACUCAGCGGAAGACCACUGUGCUGCAUCCACAGAGGAUGAGAUUCCCAGGGAAAGAAGCACUCGGCUGAAUUCCAUCUCUGAAAUGGUGGACAAUCCUUGAAUGUGAGGAAAUAAAAGUGAUCAAUCCUUGAAAUAAAGGUUGGACAAAAAAUUAGUGCUUAAGGCAGUUUGUUGCUAAUGAAGAACUGUAAAAAAAAACACCAAGGUGAUUGUUAUAAAUGUAGAUGAAGAACUGAGCCUAUCUUUGAAAAGACCUUUUCAAACGUGCACCAUGUUGUGUUUUACCUCAUUUAAACAACUGGAACUGCUAGAAAAUACAUGACGAUGAACAUUUGGUUUAAAUGUCACCGGUUAGAACAUUAGAAGAUGAAAUGUUUUGUUUUCUUCUCGUGACUUUUUAUACGAUUUUAAAACAAAUCUGCAACUUGAACAAAAAGGUUUGAGAUAUUUAUUGAUGAUGACUGAAACUCCAAAAUCCAAACGCACUUUUGGUUUGGUUGCUGCUUCUCUGCUCUUUAUAAGAAAUAGAAAAUCUUGAUAAUUAAGUGGGACUUCCAUUCUUUCGUUCUUUUUUAAACACAGAAACAGUUUUGUUUACCUGUUUGUAGCUACAGUUUCGCCGACAGCUGCCGGCUUCUUCAGGCUGACGCU